UCUCUAUAGAUGUAACAUCCGAAGCACUGGUCUCCUUUAUUUCAACCAUAUCUUGUAUCAAACUGGAAAGUGACACCAGUUUCGCUACAGAGUGGAUAAUGCAAUUCUUGGCAGAACUCGGAUCAACUGAGAAUGCUGAGGUAUGAACUUACGAAUACAACUGAACAACCGGUUAUAUAUGGACAUUUUCAGCCUAUCGUGCAUUGCAGGCGUUUGUUUGCUUGUGUUUAUUUUCAGCCCGGCCUGAAAUUUCAACCUACAUGCAUGGUUAAACGGUUGAUCGGGUAGACAUUUCAGCCCUGGCUUUCUAUAAAAGCAGAGUUUCUGAUUACAUGACAAAAUCUUUAUCCCAGGCUUAAAUAUUAUAAAUAUAUAUAAAUUUUAUAAAAAUUGACUGGGCUGAAAAUCGUCAUGUAUAGUCGUUUAUAUAUUCUACAAAUAUGUUUGUAUAUACAUUUAUAUAUAUAUAUAUUUAUAAAUCAUUAUAAAUGUGCCAUUUAUUUUUUCCGGAUUCCAUCUCUAUACCACCACAGUUUCGCACAAAGCGAAAUAGCUCUAUUUCGAGAUUUUGUCAUUCAGCCUUGGCUGAGUUCUCAUCCCGCACAAUGGUUAGCGUCCCUUUAACUUCUGUGUCCGGUGUUCGAUUCCUGCAGUAUGCAGAUAUCUUCAGUUGAAUGUGCACCAGUUUUACUCCUGUACACAGUAGAGCACCUUAUUUACCCUAUGAAUAAAACGGUUUAGAUCGAACUAUAUUACAGUCACCCCAUGUAUAUAUAUGGGCAAAGUUAACUAAUAAGUUCUUUGUAAGUUUGCAUGGCGAUAAAACAUAUAAUAGUUUUUGUUUGUGGAAACACCACGUAAAUUUAUUACUGCAGUAAUAAGUUUAGGUGGUGUUUCCACAAACAAAAACUAUUAUAAAGUUAACUAAGUUUAGGUUCGUCGUGUCGUUGCACUGGACUUGUAUAAGUGAUGACUUUAGUCGUAUACCUGUGCAGGGAAAACAGCUCAGAAGACAGAGCUAAUAGCACUAUGCAUCUAAAUAAAGUUAAGUUCUUUGUACGUUUGCAUGGCGAUAAAACAUAUAAUAGUUUUUUGUGUUUCCACAAACAAAACUAUUAUAAAAGUUAAGUUCCUCAAUAAUAAUACACUGGCCUAGUAAUCAACGGUGAUUCUUAAUCCUUAGUUUCUUUAGAACGUUAAAUAUAGUUCUUUUUUACAGACUAUCAACUCCGUUUUGCUUGUCCUUACUAUGGUUUCCCUGACAGUAUGUGGAAACGAAGACGACAUUUUAAAGACGAUCCUGUCGCUACAAGAUGGCUACUUGUUCCAGAAUCACCACGUGUGGUUUUCGUUGAUAAGAAAUCUUUUCCCGUCCAGUUUUGCCUCCCUAUUAGCACAACCACAAUGGAAAUUAAGAAUUGAGAAGGUAUGAUCUAAGUGGUCAGUACAGAUUCAGGAUGCGAUAAUUCAAUAUUUUUAGC